UUUCGAUCUAUUAUCUAGAACGAAAAUGUCAGUUUAAACAUAACCUAUAUAAAAUUGGGCUUAUUGUUUUGAAGAAGCUUCAUCAUAUAUAUUUUAAUAUUUUAUUGUGUAAUUAUAAAGUGAAAAAUGCAAGAAAUAUCCACAGUGAGGAAUAUAAUUAACAAUCGAAAUCGUGAUUGUUUAGGCUGUAGAAUUUUCAGUGGUUGUGGUCUUAUUGGUUCUGGUUUAUAUGUUGCGUAUCAUUCAAAAAAAUUUCAAAAAAAGAUUGGAAAAACCAUCAUGUACUCAAUUGGAAGCGCUUUAAUGCUCCUUGGUACUGCUCGAAUUUUGGAUCUCCCUCCAUUUCGCAAACAAUUUAACCAAGGAUGAUUAUAAACAAAUACUUAUUCAAUUUUCGUUUCUUAUAUAAAUGUUUUAAUAUCUUUUUCUUAUCUGUUUUGAUAUUUUUAUUAUAACUGCAAAAUAUAAAUCUACAACUGUAGUUUAAACAAUUUUAAAUAUUUAUUAAAUCUAUAUAGUUAUUUUUAAAAAAUCGCAUUUAUUUUCGUAUUUUUAUAUAAAAUAAAAUACAUUUAAUUUAUUUAAUGUAUUUCUUUAAUUAUAAACUACUAUGAAUAUAUAAUUUGUUUAUAAAUUAAUAAAAAUCAAUAUAAUGAAUUAAUGCAAUUUCUAUUAUAAAUAACAUAUAAACAAUCAAUUAGUUCAUUAUCAUUAUAAUUAUAUUUUAAUUCUGAAUUUGAUUAUUCACUAUUAUUAUGUAUUAUUAUAAUUAUUACAAAUUGUUAAAAUUUUUUUCGAAA